AUGUCUGACAACACGCAGCUUGUCCUCGGUGCUGCGGCUUGUCUUGGGGUACUAGGAGUGAUAGCUGAGGCUUACCUUUCUAGAUCAGAGAGUGGUCUUCCUCUUCCACCUUCCCCUCCCACUUGGAGACUGCGGGGGCACCUCAUACCUCCUCGCAACCCAUUUCUAACUGUAGCGGGAUGGAUUGACCAGUACGGUCCUCUAAUCACCAUUCGCUCAGGAACUGAGAAAAUUGUUAUUAUCGGCCGUCACAACGCCGUAGUCGAUAUCAUGGAGAAGCAGGGUGGCUCGUUAGCUGAUCGUCCUCGCUUCGUUGCUGCUGGAGAAAUGCUUUGCGGCGGGCUGUCCAUCAUCUUUACACCCGCUGGAAGCAGGUUGCGUCGGAUGCGUAGAGCACUUCAUUCACAUCUCCAGCCUAAAGCAGCUGAAGAAUACCAGCCACUGCAGAUGUCACACGCAAAGAACACUGUCCUCCACAUUCUUGAAGAUCCGAGCAACUUUCAGAACCACACGGCAACUUAUGCUGCGACGAUCAUUACAAAAGUUGCGUAUGGGAAGACUACACCCACAUCCGCGACUGAUUCCGAAGCCAGAGAAGUUCGUGAGCACUUCCGUAUCCUUCGUACAACCCUACGCCCUGGUGCUUACCUCGUGGACUCGAUCCCGUGGCUCAAAUACAUCCCUUGGUAUGGCCAAGAACUGAAACGGGCGUUUCAAAGGAGCAGGAAGCUCUACAUUGGUCAGCUGAACCGCGUGAAACAACAAAUACAGAGCGAUGUGGACAUCGGUCCUUCGUUCGUAAAACAUAUGCUACAAAAUGUCCAACUCCACGGCUUGACAGAGACAGAGAUGGCCUUUCUUGCUGGUGGCUUCUUUGCAGCUGGAACUGAUACGACUACUUUAUCAAUAUGCACAGUGCUCAUGGCAGCCGCAUGUUUCCCCGAGGAGCAAGCGAAAGUCCAGGCCGAGCUUGAUGCCGUCGUAGGAAGCCACCGAGCACCGACCUUCGCUGACGAACACUCCCUUCCUCGACUGCACGCCUUCAUCUCUGAGGCUUUGAGAUGGAGACCGAUGGUUCCCAGUGGAUUGGCUCACCGGACGACUAAGGAAGUGAUUUGGGGAAACUACUGCAUUCCAGCUGGGACUACGGUAGUCGGCAAUCACUGGUCCAUCUCUCGAGACCCAGACGUCUUCCCCGAGCCUCAUUCCUUCAAACCUCAGCGCUGGAUUAACGAUCAAGGUCACGUUAGGGACGAUCUGAAAUUCUUCGUCUUCGGGUUCGGUCGGCGCGUAUGCCCUGGUCAACACGUUGCAAACAGAUCGGUGUUCAUAAACACGCUCCUUAUUCUUUGGGCUUUCCAGCUGACUCUGGACCCUACGAAGCCACUUGAUGAUAUGGGGUUCAUGACGGGGGCGGUGGGAAAUGUCCAGCCCUGCACUAUCGAUUUUAACACAAGGGUUCCAGAGACGGACCUCAGGCGCAUGAUGCAGAAUUAUCCUGAAGUUAUGUGA